AUGAGCUUCGAGGAGGUGGGUGUUAAUAUCUCGUUUCUUUUAAAUCGGGGGGGGAAGGAGGGUGAGAGGGGAAGAAGAAAAAUUUUUUUAAAUUGGUAUUUUAAUCUUCACUGAACCAAGUUUAGUUUAUUUGUAAGCCUUGCUUGUCUGGAAAGUUAAAAAAAGUGCUUGAAAUACAAUGCCAAAUUUACCUUAUCCGGAACCCAAAUGCCAAAGUUGUCUAAUUGACGAAAAAAUUAAAUACAAAAACUCAAAAGCAAAAGCUACAAUUUUUUGUGGGUACUAUUGGUGGUACAAGGAUCUCAUAUAAAAACUUUCGGCUGGUUCUGAGCGGGUUGGUUACUUGCCUUGUUAAUUGUUUGCAAAGUGCAGUUUAUUUUGGCUUUCAAAAAUGUUUUGCACCGUGCAAACCCUAUUUAAUUGAUUGCACUGUGCAGUUUGGCUUGCGAAAAGGACUUGCACGGUGCAAUCACUUUUUCCUUUUUCGGGCCUUUUCUCUCGAUUUUUUUGGGAAAAUUUUCGGCGAUUUUUUAUCUCUCUUCGUUUUUCGGUGCACUGUGCAGCCUCUUUCUUCUUUAUUUAUUUUGCACCGUGCAAAUUGUAUCUACUCUAUUUUCGAAACUUUUAAAUUAAAAGAUUUUGAGCUGAUUCUGUGCGGGGCAAAUUGGGUACUUUCCUCAUAAGCCGUGUUUAUUUUUUUUAAUUUAAAAAAAAAUUUAAAUUAAAACCAAUCUUCAAAAUUCACAAUUUCAGCCAAAAAUGAAGGUGUCAGACUCGACCGCCCCCAAGUUUGGUCGAAAACAUGCAGAUGAAGUUAUUGUGAUCGACGAUCAAGCUGAAUCUUCGUUUUCAGCAUCAAAUAAUAAGAAAUUGAAGGGAAUGCAACGACAAAGUGGCAGUGUAACAUCAACCUCAACUAAAACAUCCUCAAUUUCAUCUGCUCACAAAACUCCGAAAAAGAUACGUUAUCAGAAUAGCAGUGAUAGUGCUGACAGUGACUACAGUCCGCCAAAGGCUAAGAAACAUUGCGUUCCUACUGCGGUAAGCUUUUUAUUAAGUACGAUGAGUAGGGAAGGUAGGCUAUGUUAAGGGUCGGGUUAAAAAUAAAUUUAAAAAGUUAUUUUUCAGCUUCUAAACCUCCUCCUAGCCAUAUUCUGGUGCUUCGUACAUCUAGCCCUUGCUGUCUACAUAACAAUAUACGAUACUUCUCACUACGUCAUAAUGUCCUACUUCCUCUUCGGCUUCAUCUGUUAUGUCAUAUUGAUAAUUGGCAACAGAAUCCGCCUCCCACACUUAUAUGUGUUUGCUUACAUGUACACAUCGAUGACAUUGAUCAUGUUGUCAUUUGUACUAGUCAGCUGUAUCUUUAUGGAUUUCAUGCUACUAACUCACGGUGAACCGUACGAUGAGCUUGGGGUGGUAGUGAAGACGGAUGAUUUUUGGAAAAAAGCGUUGAUUUUUGAAGUAGUUGUGGCCGUUUUAUGUGUGGCUAAAUGGUUUACAUUGAGGAAGAUGUUUCACGAUUAUAGUGCAGCCUGUGCUAGGCAUUGGAACCAAAGAUUGAGCAAAAAGCAGCAGAAUCAGUACAAUAAAUGA